AACUAUUAAUAAUUUAAUUUUCAAUUAAAAUUUUUGAUAAGUAGCGGAAUGAACUAUAAUAAUAACAAUCAAUAAGUUAAAGAAGACCCUUUUGCAUUUUUAAAAGGAGAUGAUGAAGACUUUAAUGAGAGUUUAAAAGGCUUAGAGGAUAUGUACAAUAAUAUGUAUGAAUAAACUGAAAAAUAGAAAAGAGAACAAGAAUUGUAUGUUUAAAAAAAGAAACUUUUAAAUGAAAUAGCUGCAAACAAAUAAAUACUGAAUACUCCUGGGGUUGUUAUCGGAGUUCCUGUUUAAGAACAAAAUUAUUAAAAUGCUAAAAGUAAUUAACAAUAUGCUUUACUUUAAGAGGAGCCUUUUUUGGAUGAAAAACUAUUUGCAAAACAAUAGCCUAAUUAUGGAAACUUUAGCAACAAUCAAGGAUAUAAUCAAAUGAAUUACUAAUAGUAACAAUAACCAUAUUACAAUUAGCCACCAAUUUAGAAUGUUUAAUUUCCCCCAUAAGUAAACUAUAACUACCCAUAAUAAUAAUAGCACUAAGGAAAUUAUGGCAUCUAUCCCAACAUUAACACUCGAAUUAAUUGA